GUGACGUAAACACGCCGUGACGUGACGUCGUGACGUUAGUGAGGAACUCUGAAGCCUGCUGAAGGAUCUGCAGAAGUGAACAAUCUGUUUUACACAGAAAGUUUGUUAGGAACAAAAUAACAAAAGGUCAUGGCGUUAAAGCAGGUGUCGUCUAAUAAGUGCUGCGGUGGAUUCCAGAGAGUAUUUGAGCACGACAGCUCAGAACUAAAGUGCAAGAUGAAAUUUGGCAUCUAUCUUCCUCCAAAAGCUGAAAGUGGAAAAUGCCCAGUGCUGUAUUGGCUGUCCGGACUAACGUGUACUGAGAAUAAUUUCAUCACCAAAUCAGGAAGCCAAAAAGCUGCUUCAGAGCACGGCAUCAUCAUCGUUGCCCCGGAUACAAGCCCACGCGGCUGCAAUAUUGAAGGAGAAGAUGAAAGCUGGGAUUUCGGAACAGGAGCCGGUUUCUAUGUCGAUGCUACACAGGAUCCAUGGAAAACCAACUAUCGCAUGUAUUCUUAUGUCACUGAGGAGCUGCCGCGUUUAAUAAACUCUAACUUCCCUGUUGAUCCGGAGAAGAUGUCCAUCUCAGGCCAUUCUAUGGGUGGCCACGGUGCUCUCAUCUGUGCUCUGAAGAAUCCUGGGAAGUACAAGGCUGUUUCUGCUUUUGCCCCAGUCUGUAACCCAAUGCAGUGCGCUUGGGGACAAAAGGCUUUUUCCGGCUACCUGGGAGCUGAAAAGUCCACCUGGGAGGCAUACGAUGCCACAGUGUUGGCCGCCUCGUACUCUGGGCCUGAAUUGGACAUUUUGAUCGAUCAGGGCCGUGAUGACCAGUUUCUGUCGGCCAGUCAGCUGCUUCCUGAUAAUCUCAUCGCUGCCUGUUCAGAAAAGAAAAUCCCCGUCGUGUUUCGACUUCAGCAGGGUUAUGACCACAGCUAUUACUUUGUCUUCUCGUUCAUUGAUGACCACAUCAAGCACCAUGCAAAGUAUCUGAACGUGUAAGACCAACCAGAAAAACACCAGCGUGCUCCUUUUUACAUCACCAUUUUCACAAUAAUUAAAAGAUUAUGUAGUGAUGUAAUUUGUCAGUCUGCCAUGUCUUUCAGGUUUAGCCAAUAAAACCUUUGAACAAG